GUGACAACCCUGGCUUGGAAAUUUUAAAAUUUGAAAACCCAAUCUGUUCUGUUGCUUCUUCUGCUGGUAAAAGAAUGUGACUAAAAAACGACCCAGAAGGGUAAAUGGGUCUCGCUAAUUGAGAUUGAUCCAGGGCCAUGAUUAAGAGCAGGAGGUGGAAGGAUUCUUGAUCAAGACGCAGUACAGCUGAGAUCUGAUGCAGAAAUUCUUUGUAGCAGGGCAGAGAUUCUCCUUUUGUGAAGAGCUAGCGUUCCUUUCUCUAGUUCAGUUACCUCAGCUUGUUCAUAUAAAUUGAUGAAGUUCUGAUCUACGAAGAGUUUCUAAAGAUUUCAGUUUGGUAUGAUGGGUUCAGUUUCAGAGACAGCCGUGCAAGAAAAAUGGGAGAAAAUGCUAGCUUCUGAUAAUGCAGAGAAAAAAUGGAGGGAAAAGAGUGUGGAAGGAGACGAUGGUCUGAGGAUAGAGUGUUUGAGAGGAAGAUUACUUGCAGAGAGAACGGCUUCAAGGGUUGCGAAAGAAGAAGCAGAGUUGAUGCAAAACAAGUUAAUAGAGCUGGAAAGACAACUAAAAGCAGAGAUAGAAUCAAAGAACAAAGCCGAAAAGAAGCUUAAGCUCUUGACAACAAAACUGGAAUCCCUGAAACUUUCACCUAUUUCAGAACAGUUGAGCUCAUCGGAAAACAAGUCAGGAAGUUCGGGUUUAGGAAUCACUGGUUGUUCUUAUAACAACAGCAGAGAUCGUUCGCCAGAAGAACCCAGCAAAGUUGAUGAAAAUGUGAGCUCCAAAGAAUUUGCAGUUACAGAUGAUCUGGGUCUCAGAGAAUCCUCAAAUAGGGAGAAAGAGUUGAGUGGAGAGAACGAUCCGGCAGAGUAUGAGAAUAAUUUGCUGGCAAUAGUUCCGGUAAACACGCCAAUAGCUCUAACACAGUCUCAGGAAACCAAGAUCAUCAACACAGAGUG